GGCGAUGGAAGGAGCAAUAGAAAACAUAUUGCCAAAUACAAAUCAUAGGUGGUGCAAGUGGCAUGUAUUGAGAUGUGCAAAGGAGAAGCUUGGCCCUAUAUACGGCAAGAAGAGUGGAUUCAAACAUGAGUUCCACGAAAUUAUAAAUGAUAUUAUUUGUGUCACGGAAUUUGAGGGAAAGUGGGCUGAACUUAUAGAUAAGUACAAUCUGAAGGAUAAUCCUUAUCUUGAGAAUCUAUAUAGCAAGCGGACCAUGUGGGCUAAACCAUACUUCUCCAGUGUGUUCUGUGCCGGGAUGACAAGUACUCAACGCAGCGAGAGCGCAAACCACUUGCUGAAACAGUACAUACCUCGUUCAUCACCUAUGCACCUAUUUGUCAAGCAAUACAACAAGCUACUCCAAUCACGCACAACGGAUGAGGGCAGGCAGCAACAUAUGACAAAGAUGAAAUGUCGAAGACUCAACGGAGGGUUUCCCUUGGAAGCUGAUGCUGCCAAGAUAUAUACUAAGGGCGUGUUCAUUAAAUUUGAAGAGGAGCUUUAUCAAGCUGCUUCGUUUAUUGUAUCUAAUUGCAUAAGCAAUAUGGAAUUUGAGGUCACCCGUGCCCGACCGGAUUACUUGCCUGAAUACGAGAUGAGGAGGUACAAGGUUGCCAUCCGAGAUGGUGGUGAUUUCAUAGACUGCGAUUGUGGAUACUUUCAGCAUAGUGGGAUGUUGUGCUGUCACUCUAUCAAGGUUCUGAUACGAAACGACAUACUAAAAAUUCCGAGUAAGAACAUCGUGAAGAGGUGGACCAAAAUGGCAAAGGAAUUGCAGUCUUCAAACCUUGCUGUGCCUCAUGCAUCGACUCAGCCAGACGAUGCUUCAUAUCGGCAAAAUAUCCUGUACAUUGCCGCUCUUGAAACGGUCAAGGAUACCUCCCUUUCAUGCUUGACAAGACACUAAAAGUUUUUCAGGAACUGAGGACCGAAGCUAGACAUAUGCGAUUGCUGGAGGAGUUAAGCCAUAGUGAUCCGGGUGAAGGACGGGGUGAUGCAGAUAAUUUCAUUGCCAUCACGUCGUGUGAGCAGUUGCAUCCGCCAAAGCGAGUGAAAUCCAAAGGUAGGCCAGCAACUGUAAGGAUGAAAUCAAGGAUGGAUUAUGUAUCUCUCUUCCAGCAAAAGAGCAAGAAGGUUGAUAGUGUUUACAAUCAACCAAACAUUCUGUCAGAAUUCAAAAGAGACAACACCUCUGGCGACCAUCAUAAUGAUUCUGUAUCCCAAUACAAGAGGGUUAUCAAAUGUAGCAAAUGUAAGGGAGAAGGUCAUAAUAGGUCAUCGUGCAAGAAACGCGGGUUCUGAACUGGAUGGUAUAUCAUUGUGGCGUAUUAGAAAGCUGUAUUUUGUUUCAGAAAGCUCCUUACUUUCUGAGGACGGCAUGGCGGCCGGUUAUGUGUA